AUGGAUCGCCUCCCUCAGGAAAUCUACAACGAAAUCGGAACUUGCUUUGCGGACGAGGAAGAGAACCCGAGAUAUGUGCUCUCGUCCCCUCUAACCGUCGAGCGGCCGGCCCUCGCCACCAUCUCACGUCCGUGGCAGCAGGCAAUCGAGAAGCAGACGUUUCGGAAGCUUCGUCUGAGGAGCACCGACUUGGACCGGUUUGAAAAGACCGUCACGGGCAGCCGCCGACGCUUCCUCAGCGGCAUCCGGUUCGUCAUCGUCCUCCCCGGAUAUCCCGCCGAGGCUCGCGGCCGGUUUGAACGAGAGGCGGACCGGCAAGCCAACAAUAAGGCCUUUACCGACGCUGUGAACGGCCUAUUUCGCAUCCUCAGGUCCUGGGACGAAGGCAGAGACGCCCUGGAGACCGGGUACUCUAUCCAGCUCGAUAUCGAGGCUGUUUACUCCCCCACAGAUGACUUUCACAACGGCAGCCGCGGUGCUCCCCGUCGCAUCGAGCGACUGGAUGUGGCCGAGCUGGAAAACGAAGAGGAAGUCCGUCGUCGUGACUUGCAGGACCGUCGUUUCAAGUAUUCUUACAUCCAGCUGCUUCACCCGGUCGAGCUGCCCGUGGUGCGAGCCAUCGCCGGGUUCAAUACGACCGUCAUGAAAAGGACGCUCGCCCAUCGAACGGCGGUGGAUAUCGCGGCCAAGCUGCCAAAUUUGCGCAGCGGGAAUUGGUUCAUGGACGAUACCGAGCAGCGUUAUCCGGCUAUGCGCCGCUCCUGUCGGCAUCAGUUAGCCGAGGUUGUCCGAGACGUGUUGCCGGUUGCGGCAUCGCUGCAGACGCUCCACGUCUGCAUGAGCCAGGACUUGCUCUGGAAUCACGCUUGGAUUCCAGCUGAUUUGACUACUGUAGGCAAAGAGGCCUCUGAUCCUCUUGGCCACGCAAUUCGCGAGGCCACAGCUGACCUCGGAAGCCUCAAAAGCCUCACAGUAACAGGAUGUCUUGACGAGUCGCUCCUCUGGCCGAGUCCUAGUUCGGGGCCUUGUCUCAUUGAGCCGUUCUGGCAGAGGUUGCAGCGCCUCGAUGUCCAGUUCAACAUGACGACGCCGUCGGGAGGUUGGUACUUUCGCGCGCGCAGGCCGGGCGAUAACAUCGACCCGCCGCUUGCUGCGCGCUCGACUAUCCUGAUGCCCCCGGGAUACGGAUACAGCGAGGAAGAAGACAUUGCAGCAGCGCUGCGAUAUUCUGACUCUGAGAACCAGAGACUGUCAGGCGCCUCCAUGUGUUUGUUUCGAUGGGUGCCAGACGAGGAGUCGCUGGUGCCCCUGAUCGAAGCCUUCGGGCGAGUCUGCUCCCAGAUGCCGUCCCUGAAAGUUGCCUCCCUCAUGACCAUGAUUCACAUCUCGCUGGAGGUUGGGGCAAACCGGCAGGUUCCGACUCGUUCGCCUUGGGGGGUCUCGUAUGCUGCUCCGGGUGAGGUAUUCCCACAGCAGUUCCAGCUUGACCCUGCGUACCGUGAGGACGGAGGGCAGCGGAGGUUGCUCUGGGACGUGAAAGAUUGGCAGCCGCCGGGUCAUCUUAGGAGCGUCAUGGCCGCGAUUGGACGAGAGCGGUAUGGGGAUGAGCUUGCCGAGAAGAACGUCGACUUCUGGGCUGCGGUCAUGAAACCCCGCGAGCUUUCCCGGUUCAGAUGCUCCUACUGGUAA